UUAUUUAUUGGACUUGUAUACCGCUACUCCCAAUUUGGCUCGGAGCGGUUUACAAAAACAGAUAAAACAAUACAGUUAGCUUUAGAUAACAAUAAGAACGGACAUAGCCCCAAGUUUUCACCCAUCGAAGGCUUGUUGGAAGAGAAAGGUUUUACAGGCUUUCUGAAAGGCAAGUAGGUCUCGGGUAGUUCGAAUUUCAAAUGGCAAGGCAUUCCAUAGAUAAGGGGCUACAAUCGAGAAGGCUCUCUGCCUAGUAGAAGACAAAUGAUAGGUCUAAUGAAUGACUUUUUGGGGAUUAAAACUCCAAAUCCCCAGGUAGCAUUGGCCAUGUUGGCUGGAGAUUCUGGUAAGCAGCCAAAAGAUUAGAUUUCAGAGAGUGUGAAUUAAAUCAAGGAGAAGCUCUGGGUCAUCUUUCUCAUCUCCUCCAAUUGUCCCAAUUUAGUAGGAAUAGGUCAAAUGAAUCCUCUAUUGUCCUACAUUUUCAGCUACUUUUAAAAUGUCCCAAUUUCUUCUUGACCUAUUUUCCUUACUGCAAAUGGAGUUUGAAGUGCAAAAGUGCUUCACACCAAUUAAUUCAGGGGAAGAGAAAAGAAGGGGGCAGAAUCUUGCCCUUUCCAGUAGGCUCAGGCAAAAGCAAACUGCUGCUCAUUUGCGUGUUCUUCCUCAUUAAAACUUUUUGCCAUUUUCAGAAGUAUUUUCAAUAUAACAGUGUAAGAAUAAACCAUGAUCUCAAAUCUUGCUUCUAUCUCAUUUGCCCUCCCCUUCCCCCAAUCAUAAACUUAUACAGAAUUCACUAUCAGUUCAUUGUCUAUUCUCUUACUUAUACAAUUUCCUCCACUUAAUUGUCAAUUUUUUUUAUUAAUAGUCAUAUCUUCCCCUUCAUUUAACCAUAAUCUCACUUGGAAGAAUGCCAGUGACCUGUAAAACUAAUAAAUGGGUUCCAUGUAGUUUCAAAUCAAUUCUCUUUUGUUUCUUCUUUCUCUAAUCUUACUUUGCAUAUUAAUCUUUCAGAUAAAUCUAUAAAACCAUUACUUAAAUUUAUAAAUUUUGCCAUCUUGACUAUAGUUUGAUGUUACUUAGUCACUUAAGUCACAGUUUUUGUCUGUGAAAUGUGGGAGGAUAUGCUUUCUUGUUUCUGCAGUGUUUGCCUGGGUUGUCUCACCCAUUCACAACUUAUUUAUUAGAGCUUCAACAGGAUGGUGGGAUCAUUUUUCAGCAGAAGGGCUGCAUUCCCUCCUGGCUAAGAGAGGUGGGGUUGGGGAUGCAUACCAGUGGUGGGUGGGAUCACAGACACCUUAUCUUUAAGCUCCUAGUCUGAACUCUGAGGCCUUGAAUCUAGAGAAACAGUGUGCUUCAUCAGAACCCAGACAGAGGGCAAAUCAUAUCAAGUUUCAGAAAUAUGCUGCUCUGCUUGAGCUUUGUGUUUAAAAACUUUAAUUUUUUUCAUCCCGCUACAGGGCCAGAACAAUUGCAAAACAAUUGCCCCAGACCUUUCAUGCUGCUAGGAGAAAAAGUGUAGGUCGCCAACACUUACUUUUCUUCUCCAGUCACUACAUGAAUCUCCUAAAAUUGUGAUAUCAACUUUUUAUUAGGAAUGUCAGUAAUGGAGUAAAAUUCAUGGGAAUUGGGCUAUUAGUCUGGCUGAAGUUGUAGGUCUGAAAAUGAGUUCAUGAUUAUUUUUGAAUUGUUGUCUAUUACCUUUAAAUUGUUUCCAUCUUAUGGCAGUAGUAAUCUUUGGAAAGGCAUGACUCUUUAGAGAUCAUAACUUUUUGGAAAACCAGGAAUCUCCAUAUCCUUAUUGGUAAAUAUCCCCUAGUAUUCAUGCAAGGCAAAUUAGGCUUCUCAGUUGUUAGACUGAUAUACCUGAUUAUCUCUCUGAAUUGUUAGGAACAAAGAUGUCACAAUGGCAGUGGGCUUCUUGAAGUGGCAACGGUCUCCCUCUGCCUCACUCGACGGUGAGGCUCUGUUCCAGGCAGAGUCCAUUGCACUUUGCAGUCCAUUGUGCUUUUGGAUCCAGCAGUUCUUGCAGCAUUUGGUCAUCUGUCGCACACAGUAUUUGGGGGAAGGAGGGGUCCGGUAGCAUCUGGCGAAAGGAGGGGUUCAGUAGCCGACCACUGCUUUCCCCUCCCUGACUGGCAGGCGGCAUCUGUGGUUGGUUUGAGAGGCUCCCCUCAAAAGACCAAACUAGGCACCUAAUACAUUAUAUUUAAUAGCCUAAGGAAGCCUGUAAGCCUUGGGCCAAGGAGUCAGAGAUUUCUGCAGCCGAUUGGACACAACAUCUCUUGAUCUUUAGACUUCAAGUCUGUUCAGAUUUUGAUCACGCUCAUCAGGAGUUAUUAUUCACCCCCUGGAUUCUGAGGGCAGGUGUUUCUACUCCUUUACUAUCACUUCAUCGACCGAGAGUGGAUUCGAUCUACAGGGAAAAAAUACCUGGAAGUAUUUGAAGAAGGAGCUGAUCGAUGAUCCUACUGUGAGGGAGAUCCCAGCAGAUUCAGCCUAGAGAAGGCUGUGCCCUCAUAAACCCAACCGUGGCCAGCUGGCUCGGAGAGGAGAGUAAACAUAUCAUUGUUUGCCCUCAGGUCCUUCUGUGACCAGUUCAUGUUCUUCCACUCAACAUGUCCAACCAAGACGAUGGCUAUUUUUAUUACGAUUAUGCAUAUGGCAGGAAAAAUCAUCGCAGGAGUCCAUGUGAUGGGAAGAAACAGCCCUGGGGAUGCCAGAAGCUGCACUGCACAUCCCACCCCAUUGUGGACGGAAAUUUCCGACCUCCAGGCAAAAGUGGUAGUUUGGAUUUUGGGAUGAAGACACUUGAGGAAAUCAAGUCAAAGAAAAUGAAGGAAAAACGAAAGCAGCCACCUGCCACUGGAAAGGAAGCAAAGGAAUCAAUGUCCUUCUCCGCAAGCAUGUCCGGAACAGACACUGCUACUGCCAAGCGCCCAGAGGAGAUCAAGACCCUCCUGCCCAGGAUGAGGGUGCGUGAGAGAUCCGGGGGGGGCCCCGGCCAAGAGGAGGCGGCUCAGGGAGCCAGAGGGGUCACCUCAGACUCCCAACCAGGGAAUUCCAGGGAUUAUGGAUCCACAAAAAGGAAAUCAGGUGCUGAUGCUAGCUCUGAAUCUAUGAUCCUGGAGCCAUAUGUGAUGGUGUCAAACUAUGAGAAACAGGAGAACUCAAAGAUCAGCCUGCAGGCUGGAGAGGUGGUGGAUGUCAUUGAGAAGAAUGAAAGUGGCUGGUGGUUUGUAAGCACAUCAGAAGAGCAAGGCUGGGUUCCUGCCACAUACCUGGAAUCCCAAAGUGGAGUUAGAGAUGAUUCUGAAAUUAACAUGUCCCAAGGAGGGGAAGUUUCUAAAAGACGCAAGGCUCACCUGAGGCGCUUGGACUGGCGAUGGACACUGGGAGGGAUGGUCAACAGGCAGCAGAGUCGAGACUUUGUUUAUACUCUAGCCACCAUCUGGCUCACUUUUCUCCAUUGUUUCUGCACACCUCAAAAGUCUGUAGUGAUGUGGAGAAACAUUUACAUGAAAUUGUGUACAAGGGAGCAGGUUGCUUCUUCUUUAUGUGUGCCAGCUCUCAGGUGUGCAGCUGAAAGAAAGGAAAACAAAUUUCUUCAGUUUUCACCGAGCCAAAACAUUUGGCUGUCAGAGGAAAAGUUUUACUCCCUGAGUAAAAGGGAAUAUUAUUUAGUAUUGUAUUUUAUGAAUGUUGUUGUAAUUAAUUAGUUAAUUUGAUUUGCAUUGUAUUUUAUAUUUUUUAUAUAUGUGUGUUUUAUUGUAAGCUACCCUGAGUCCCCUCUUGGGUGAGAAGGGCGGGAUACAAAUGUUGUAAUAAAAAAUAAAAAUAAAGAUAUGCUAAUGCACAAAAUAUAUAGCAGAUCUUCAGAAGUGUUAUUUCAUCUCCCGCCCCCCAAAACACUUCUCUCCCAUAAAAAUAUUAGUUUUAAAUCAUGCUCUCAAGAGACCAAAAAUAAGCAGUCUUCGUUAAAAGUAACAUAGUUGAUUUAUUUACAAACUUCAUGUAUUCAGCAUACAGGUAUAUUUCUUAUUGGUUGGUAGUGUAAACAAUCUGUUCUCUAAAGCAUUGUGUUUUAAGUCUCUUCUCUCUUGCAUAGAGAUUAACACUCUCCUCAGUGUAAGACAUUACUGAACAGACUCAAUAAAGAUUAUACACUGCAGCACACUGACACUUAUUACUGCAUAUUAACACUGCUGACUUCAUAAACUGUACUGACUUCUAAAAUGGAAUCUGUGUGAAGUCCCAAACCUGGUCACAUGGUCUGCAGUCCAUCCCACAACCUCAAACAACAUAAAGUUAAGGGAAAACUGCAUACCAAAUCACAUGCAUACAAUAUAGUAAGCAAUAUUGUAUGUAUAUGAUUGUAUGUAUUUAUGUAUUGUAUAUAUAGAGAGAGAGCCAC